CUUCCUUUCUUCUGCUUCCUAACUUCAAAUCCAAAAAAAAAAAUCUACAGAGAGAGAGAGGGAGAGAGUUGACAAUUUAAAGAGACAGGGACUGUAGAAAUGGGGAUGGGAGCUAAUGUGCGCAGGAAGGUGAUUCUGCAAUUGCUGUUAACGUUGUGGAUUUGGGGAAAUGUUCGAGUGAGUGAGGGAAUAUGGUUAAAUCUGCCGGCAUCGGGGACAAAGUGCGUUUCCGAGGAUCUCCACACCAAUGUUGUCGUAUUAGCCGAUUAUGUUGUCGUUUCCGAGGACAAUUCUCGUCUUCCCGCCAUCUCUGUCAAGGUCUCGUCGCCAUAUGGGAACAAUCUUCAUCAGAAGGACAAUGUGACGCAUGGUCAGUUUGCAUUCACAACCCAGGAGGCUGGCAGCUAUUUGGUAUGUUUCUGGGUGGAGGGCCGCAAUUCAGGAGGUGGAGAUGUGAGUGUCAACCUUGACUGGAAAACGGGAAUUGCAGCUAAGGAUUGGGAAUCAGUUGCAAGAAAAGAGAAGAUUGAGGGUGUUGAACUUGAGCUGAAAAAACUUGAGGGAGCAGUGGAGGCCAUCCAUGAGAAUCUAGUCUAUCUCAAAAUCAGAGAAGCAGAGUUGAGGACUGUGAGCGAGACGACAAAUACUAGAGUAGCAUGGUUUAGUAUCAUGUCUUUGGGUCUUUGCAUUUUGGUCUCAACUCUGCAGUUGUGGCAUUUAAAGCGUUUCUUCCUAAAGAAGAAACUUAUCUAGAUAUUGCUAAUCAAAUAGGAAGAUCUGAAUUCUUUUAUUUUUCUUCUAUUCUUUUAUUGUCUGUUGCAGAAGAAAAAUGUUGAUGCGAUGAAUAGAGAAUGAUUUUGUUCUCAUGGAAAGUGAAGCUUUUCAUUUUCAUCUUUAACGAUGUAGACCAACACAUGCUGUCAUUUUUCAUAAUAUUUGCAUUUGAGGUGGUUUGAUUC